AUGCAAAGCGCGUGGAGCCGACGCGUUGUGGCCCGAGCCCUGGUCUUGGCCAGCCUCGGGCUGGCCUCAGCCGGGGGGCCCCUCGGUCUUUCGGACGCUGGGCCGCACGUGCACUACGGCUGGGGGGAGUCCAUCCGCCUGCGCCACCUGUACACCUCCGGCCCCCACGGCCCAUCCAGCUGCUUCCUGCGCAUCCGCGCUGACGGCGCAGUGGACUGCGCGCGGGGCCAGAGCGCGCACAGUUUGGUGGAGAUCAGGGCCGUCGCCUUGCGGAAAGUGGCCAUCAAGGGCGUGCACAGCGCCCUGUACCUCUGCAUGGGAGGCGACGGCAGGAUGCUGGGGCUGCCUCAGUUCUCGCCCGAGGACUGUGCUUUCGAGGAGGAGAUCCGCCCGGACGGCUACAACGUGUACCGGUCCCAGAAGCACCAGCUGCCCGUCUCGCUGAGCAGUGCCCGGCAGAGGCAGCUGUUCAAGGCCCGGGGCUUCCUGCCGCUGUCCCACUUCCUGCCCAUGCUGCCCAGCAGCCCCGCGGGACCCGUGCCCCGAGAGCGCCCCUCGGAGCCGGACGAGUUCUCUUCGCCCCUGGAAACAGACAGCAUGGACCCUUUUGGGAUUGCCAACAACCUGAGGCUGGUGAGAAGUCCCAGCUUUCAGGAAUAACCGAGGCUCCCGCCUCCUCCCAGGCCAGGAGCCGCGGCCUGUGGUGCCUGCAGAGUGGCCUUGGCCGUGCGCCUACAAGUAC